UUCAGUCUUUCUUAGUGAGCGGCCAUGACGAUCUUUCUCUAGAUCCACUUUAAUCUAUUAAUAAUUAAUACAUUGAUUCCUUUUGAUUUCCCAGACAAACUUGUUUCAAGAACACUUCAACCUCCGUUUCUACCCUUACAUUUAUACUUUUAUAACUGUAUAGCAUAUGGGCCGCAUUUUUAUCCCGGAGUAGAUAAGGCCUCCGGUCUACUAUGGAUGAGGAGAGUGAGGAGGGGGGUCCUACCUCUAAAACCACUCUGUCUGGGGAACAUGGCUGCCAGAGCAAAGCUAAGAGCCCAGAGCAGCAGGAGAGAGCAAACUCUCCUGAACCCAGUCGUCUCUCCCUGAAGCGAAUACGUAACCUGUUCAGAAAAAAUAAGGCAAUUCAUAAGCAAAGAGUCCAUCAGGAGAGAGCAGACUCCCCUGGAGCCAGCUGCGUCUCCAUGAAGAGUGACCACUUUAUGGAACAACCUGUUAACUUUAAAGACGGAAGUCACCAAUCUUCUGAGGAAAGACAACACCAGGAGUGGGUACUGGUUACCAGUGCUCAGUCUGAACAGCAGCCUCCAACAGAGCUGAUCAAGAGGGCUGAGGAGAACGCACACGCUUUUCUAGACAAGGAGCUGAAGAAGCUCUGGAGUGAUCUCUUCUCAGAUUACCCACAAUGCUCAGAGAGUCGGAGGGAGGAGGAGGUGGAUGGUGAGUACGAGGAGCAGAGGAGGCAUGCCGUCGAGGGAGUGUUGGACAUCACAAUGCUCUGCCUGAUGGAGAUGAACGAGAAGGGACUGGCUGACAAACUGUUGAGCGGAUCUGCUGCUGUCGAGUGCCAACAUAAAAUCAAGUCUCGUUUGAAGAAGAAGUUCAUGAAAGGUGUGUUUCAGGGAAUCGCUAUAGCAGGAAAAUCAGCACCUCUGAAUGACUUCUACACAGAGAUUUUCAUCACAGAGAGAGACAGUGGAGAGGUCAACAAGGAACAUGAGGUCAGACUGAUUGAAACAGCUUCCAGGAAACCAGUCAAGGAGGAAACACCAAUCAGAUGUGGCGACAUUUUUAAACCCUUACCUGGACAAGAUAAACAAAUCAGGACAAUAAUGACAACUGGAGUGGCCGGCGUUGGGAAAACCAUCUUAACAUACAAGUUCACUCUGGACUGGGCUAAAGGUGAAGCCAACCGUGACAUUCACUUCACAUUUCCCUUCACUUUCAGAGAGCUGAAUUUACUAAAAGGGAAAGAGUUUAGCUUGGUGGAACUUCUUCAUCACUUCUUUAUUGAGACCAAAGAAGCAGGAAUAUGCAGAUACGACCAGUUCCAAGUUGUCUUAAUUUUGGAUGGUCUGGAUGAGUGUCGACUUCCUCUGGACUUCCAGAACAACCCGAUAUGGACUGAUGUCACAAAGUCCACCAAGGUGGAAGUGCUGCUGACAAACCUCAUCAGUGGCAACCUGCUUCCCUCUGCUUGCAUCUGGAUAACCACACGCCCUGCGGCAGCCAAUCAGAUCCCUGCUGAGUGCGUUGACAUGGUGACAGAGGUGAGAGGGUUCACCGACCCACAGAAGGAGGAGUAUUUCAGUAAGAUAUUCAGAGACGAGAAGCUGGCCAAAAAAAUCAUCGCCCACGUCAAGAAAUCACGCAGCCUCCACAUCAUGUGUCACAUCCCAGUCUUCUGUUGGAUCACUGCUACAGUUCUGGAGGACUUCUUCAAAACAUCCCAGAUAGGUGAAGAGACGCCCAAGACCUUGACUCAGAUGUACAGCCACUUCCUGAGGGUUCAGUCCAUACAAGGGGACAGGAAGUAUCGUUCGAUAGCUGAAACAGAUCAACACUGGAGUUCACAGAGCAGGGAGAUCAUUGUUUCUCUGGGAAAACUGGCUUUUAACCAGCUGGAGAGUGGCAACCUGAUCUUCUACGAGGAUGACCUGGCAGGGUGUAAAGAAUAUAUCAACGAAGCCUCAGUGUACUCAGGAGUGUGCACCCAGAUUUUUAAAGAGGAGUGUGGGCUGUACCAGGGCAAGGUGUUCUGCUUUGUCCAUCUGAGCGUUCAGGAGUUUCUGGCUGCCGUUUAUGUAUUUUGGUCCUUCAUCCACACUGGUGUCAAUCUGCUCUCAGAAGAACAACCAACCUCCAGGAAAGAUAUACUUUUCCUCUACACGAGUGCUGUGGACAAGGCCUUACAGAGUGAGAACGGACACCUGGACUUGUUCCUCCGCUUCCUCCUGGGCCUUUCUCGGGAGACCAAUCAGAUUGUCCUACGAGGUCUUCUGGGACAGACACAAGGUAGAUCACUGUUCACUCAGAUCAAACAAGAUCUGAUGAGAAAGACAAGUAGCUCACAGACCAACAAGGAAACCGUGUCUUACAUCAAGGAGAAGAUCGGUGGUAAACUUUCUCCAGAGAGAAGCAUCAAUCUGUUCCACUGUCUGAAUGAGUUGAACGACCGUUCUCUAGUGGAGGAGAUUCAACAGUUCCUGGCAUCAGGGAGUCUCUCCAUAAAAUCGCUCUCUCCUGCUCAGUGGUCAGCUCUGGUCUUCAUCUUACUGUCAUCAGAAGAGGAGCUGGACGUGUUUGACCUGAAGCAAUACUCUGCUACAGAGGAGGGUCUUCUGAGGCUGCUGCCAGUGGUCAAAGCCUCCAAAACAUCUCUGCUGGACAGCUGUCAUCUGUCAGAGGGAUGCUGUGGAGCUCUGGCCUCAGUUCUCAGCUCCAACUCCUCUAGUCUGAGAGAGCUGGACCUGAGUACCAAUGAUCUGCAGGAUUCAGGAGUGAAGCUGCUCUCUGCUGGACUGGGGAGUCCACACUGUACACUGGAAACGCUCAGGCUAAAUGGCUGUCAUCUGUCAGAGAGAUGCUGUGAAGCUCUGGCCUCAGUUCUCAGAUCCAACUCCUCUAGUUUGAGAGAGCUGGACCUGAGUACCAAUGAUCUGCAGGAUACAGGAGUGAAGCUGCUCUCUGCUGGACUGGGGAGUCCACACUGUACACUGGAAACGCUCAGGCUGAAUGGCUGUCAACUGACAGAGAGAUGCUGUGAAGCUCUGGCCUCGGUUCUCAGCUCCAACUCCUCUAGUCUGAGAGAGCUGGACUUGAGUACCAAUGAUCUGCAGGAUUCAGGCGUGAAGCUGCUCUCUGCUGGACUGGGGAGUCCACACUGUACACUGGAAACGCUCAGCUUGUCUGGCUGCCUGGUCACAAAGGAAGGCUGUGCUUCUCUGGCCUCAGCUCUGAGCUCCAACCCCUCCCAUCUGAGAGAGCUGGACCUGAGCUACAAUCAGCCAGGAGAAUCAGGAGCUGCGCUGCUCUCUGCUGGACUGGACACUCUCAGUGUGGAGCACAGUGGAGUGUGGAGGCUGAAACCAGCUCUAAAGAAGUAUGCCUGUGAACUCACACUGGACCCAAACACAGCCUACAGACGACUCUCUCUCUCCGAGGACAACAGAAAGGUGGAGGUGUGUGGAUGGGAGCAGUCGUAUCCUGAUCACCCAGACAGAUUUAAAUCCCAGUACCAGGUGUUGUGUAGAGAGGCUCUGACUGGCCGCUGUUACUGGGAGGUAGAGUGGAAAGGAGAAGUUCAGAUAGCAGUGACACACCGAGGAAUCUCAAGGAGAGGGUGGGGGGACAGCCUCUCAGGCAACAACAGGUCCUGGAGUCUUUAUUGUGAUGACGGUGAUUAUACUGCCUGGCACGACGAUAUUAAAACAGACAUACGUGUCCGCCCCGCUGGCUCUACCAGAGUAGGAGUGUAUCUGGACCGGCCUGCUGGCACUCUGUCCUUCUACAGAGCGUCCCCAGAUGUAGGAGGGUCCUCAAACACACUGACACUCCUCCACACCUUCCAGUCCACCUUCACCCAGGAGGACCUCCUCCCUGGGUUUAUGUUGUGUGGGUCCCCUUCACCCUUCACAGCUGGCUCCAAAGCUUCUCUGUGUAAGUUAUAGACUCUCGCUCUCCGUCUCCUCAUCUCUCCGUCUGAGGACACACGUGAACACUCACACACAUAUUGAAACACACACACACACAUGCAUGUAUAAACGGAUCCCAAACAAACAAAGGGCCUCUCUUCCUCCCUCAACCAUCCCCUCACUACUCUUCCUUUGCCUUGUCUUGUUGAUUAUUGAUUAUUGGGUGGUCAUCAUUGGAAUAUAUAGCCUACUAUAGAUGGUUUAAUUAUAUGUGUGUAUUUAAAUAGUAAGUCCCACAAGUAGGCUGUUGCUGUUGACAUGGUCAUGGUCACAUGAUGGAGUGUUUGUCUCAUCCAGUGUUUUAUUUUGUUAAUUUAAUAGUCUGAUUGAUAAUUGUUGCAGUGUAUUAUUUUUUUUUAACAUUUCGCACCCAUGUUUACAUGUUAUAAAAUUAAAAUAAACAUUGCCCUGAU